AUGGACGAAGAUCCCGACGAUUCUGCAAAAUCCCAAGUUUUGAAUAACUAUCCCAUUCUCAAGGAUAUAAUAAACAAGUGUGAUUUGCCAACAAUAGCUUCCUUACAAAAAGUGAACCGACGCUUCCGGGAAGUCAUUGGAAUUGUAAACCCAAAGUUCACAAUUCACUCGAUUGCAAUUCACAUUGGAUCUAAGGAAAUCAAUCUGGACAUCUAUAAGAAUCAAGAUGAGCAGAUCUUUCCGACUGGAUCACUUCUGAACAUUAGUUAUCAAAAAAAUGGAGAAAAUUGUUGCAUCGAAACUUUGGACCGGGAUGUUCGAAACAUCGGAAGACGAAUGGAGGACGUCUUCAGCAGAGACCUAGUCUCGAUUCUGAAUUUUCAGAAAUUCCCUUUAGAAUCUCUCAGUAUCAUGGAUACCUCUGCAAAAGGGUCCGGGUUUCCCCUGUCCUUCCUGAAUGUUGUUAGAUUUCUACUAGAAGAAAUGAGAUGGCAAAACAGGAUCAUUAAAACCAAAGAACUUCAAUUCACAAGUAUGACUGGUUUAGGAAUCGGAUCAUUUUGUAAAUGCAUCGCCCCGAGAAUCCUUAAGAAGUAUACUUUCAUCAAUUACGGACCGAGUAGCGCCAACGUCGCCGAUUUUGAAGGCAUGGAGAUGCAAGCUGAGAAAUUGGUGGAAUAUGAGCAAUCUGGAGUUGGAACUCUUGGCAAUGUUUCAAAAAUCAGUCACCUUAAUAGAGCAAGUUUGGAAGUUGAGAGAAUGGGACAUGAGAAGCUGGUUCAAUUGAAGAAUGAAUUUCUUCGUCUGGGACCACCCAAAGACUUCAAGAUCCUCGUCAAGCAUUUACAGCCUCCCGGAAACUCCCUUGGACCAAUUUUCGGCGACAAAACAUCCGGCAUGAGUUGGUUCUACCGUACCAAUUUCAAUGGAAAAGUUUUGAGAAUCCAUAUCUCGAAUUCAGAGGAAGGAAGCGUCGUCGAGUUCAAUUUUGUCACAAUUCUCGAUGUAACCAUUGGGGCAAUGGUUCAGGUUGAACUUCUUCCGACAGAAGACGACAAAUAA